UUGUUAUUGGUGUAUUACUGUGGGAACUGUUUUGGCGCACAUGGUCGUUGUCCGGACAGUUGUCUGUGUGGCUCCUCUGGUCCCAUCUUGGCUACACUGUAAUCAGAGCGGAGAGGAAAGAGAGCUCGUCCAUAUUACAGCUGCUGUUUCAGCGGUUUCUGUGGUGAUGGACCCUCCCGGCGGCCGAGACGAGCGGCAUCGUCAAGCGGAGCGGCUUCGGCGGGAGGAGGCAUACUAUCACUUCAUUAAUGAACUGAGUGAGGAGGAAUACAGACUAAUGAGAGACAGCAAUCUACUGGGAACACCUGGUGAAGUCACAGCAGAGGAGCUGAGGCAGCGUCUGGAUGGUGCAAAGGAGCGAGUGUCAUCUCAGCCACGGCCCGAAACACACCCACAGAGCAGUGAGGCAGAGGGCAGUAGCGGUGCAGUCGAGCCAGGUUCAGAGACAUCUAAUGGAGACUCCCUGUUGGAAUGGCUGAACACUUUCCGGCGCACAGGAAAUGCCACGCGUAGUGGGCAGAGUGGAAACCAAACAUGGCGUGCCGUCAGCCGCACCAACCCCAACAGCGGCGAGUUCCGCUUCAGUCUUGAGAUCAACAUAAACCACGAGCAACCCGAGCCUGGAGAACACAGCGACAUCCCUGACCCGACUGAUCUUUCAAUGCCUCCUCCUCCUCCUCCUCCUCCACCACCUCCCCCUCCCCCUCCCCCUCCUCCAGUGUCAUCUGUCUCUGCACCAACAACCCCUUAUAACCCCUCAAGUUCUGCACUUUACUCAAAUCAACCCUCCACACCAUACUCUACGGCCAGGCCCACCCUGGGAAGGAGGGCCCCAGUGCGCCGCACUCGCAGUAGCACGGCUCCACCUGUAACGCCACGUCUGACCUCGCAGGCUCCUCCCACAUCUCUUUUGAGGAACUUGCCUUCUUUGCCGAGCUCUCCUCCUCCACAGGCUCCACUCGCUUUUCAGUCUCCAGAGCAGGAUGGUGAUGCUGUAAGGGGUCAAAUACAGGUCACCAACUCCUCAGUUAAUGCAGGGGAAGGGCAGAAUGGAAAUGAAGGCCUAGACUGCCCCACUGCUCUGCAUCAGUCCAGCCCCCAGGUGGAGCCAGCUGCCCGUGAGCCACGAAACAGUAGGACUCGUUCACGUGGCCGCGUGCGCAGGUCAACAGGAGCAGGUGGGGUUUUGUCUCGCUCUUCAAGACGUAGCCGCUCCCCCUUGGACAGAAACCCUGCCUCCAGCAUUAGCCCCACCCAUAGCAGCAGCGACGCCCCAGUGGAGACCACUGAAAGUACCGCUGUUGCCAUGGAGAUGGGCGAGGCUGCUGUAGAGCCAGCUGCUCCUACGGAUCCUCCGGAGGCUGGUGAGGAAGAGGGGGAGACGCCUGUAUCAGGUGCCGGAGGUGUGCGGCGCCACCCUACGAUCAUGCUGGACCUCCAGGUACGGCGCAUCAGGCCAGGAGAGAACCGGGACAGGGACAGCAUUGCCAGUCGCACUCGCUCUCGUGCUCGGGCCGCUGAGAACACGGUCACCUUCGAGAGCGACAGUGGUGGCUUUCGUCGAACCAUCUCGCGCUCGGAGCGUGCGGGAAUCCGCACUUAUGUUAGCACUAUACGCAUACCGCUGCGACGCAUUUCUGAGACGGGCCUUGGCGAGCCCAGCUCCACUGCGCUAAGAUCAAUCCUGCGCCAGAUCAUGACAGGCUUUGGUGAGCUCAGUUCCCUCAUGGAGACGGAAGCGGACUCUGAGACAGCUACGCCCAACCAGGACUCCGUUUCUGCUGGCGGAGCCCAGGUGUACCACGUUAGUAGUGGUGAGGGCGAUGUGGCCCAUGGUAGAGUGGAAUCGGCACGAGAAGGUUUAGUGACAGAAGAUGAGGAAGGACAGGUGCGGGUGAGCAGGACUGGGACCGAGGCACGACCUAGCAGCAGGGACACUAAUAGUUUGGUGGAAAAUGGGACGUUGCCCAUCUUAAGGCUGGCACACUUUUUCCUUCUCAACGAAGAUGAAGAUGAGGAGCACCCAAGGGGCCUCACCAAAGAACAGAUCGACAAUCUGGUGACACGCACUUACGGUCAGGUCAACCUGGAGGGCGAGCUGGGCCGCGCUUGCAGCGUCUGCAUCAACGAGUACGCUCAGGGCAACAAGCUGCGCCGCUUGCCCUGCGCCCACGAGUUCCACAUCCACUGCAUUGACCGCUGGCUAUCUGAAAACAACACCUGCCCCAUCUGCAGACAGCCUAUUCUGUCCAGCCAUCAGGAAUGAUGUCAGGCUGUAGCUAUCAAUCAACAGAUUGAACAACUGACUUUUGUUCCACCAUCGGUGGCACCUGUACAUAGUGCUUCAAUGUUUUCAUUCUCUGAGAUCCAUUGUAUUCAAGCUAAAGGUAGAACCAAAAGCAGAAAAAGACUAUAAUGCAGAGAUUUAACAAAGCUUUAUUUUUUUAGACUCCUUUCGUUUUCAUCUCUUCCUCUUCUUUCAUUCACCAUUAUUCUUUGCAGACAUAUUAACAAAUGGCGUGACUAACUUGGACAGAGUUAGGAAUGUUAGCUUCAACUGAAGGUGUGGUUACAUUUAGUGCUAUUUGGCGAAUUUUCGUGGGCAAAAUCCAGUUAUUUUAAUGGGUACCCAUGUGAUCGGGAAUUUUGUGUGAGGGCGAACAAUUUCCUCAUGUAGAGUUUGCAAUGGAUUCACAUUGGCAACACAUUCACUGCAUUGACCAACAGAAAGUAGCUUGGUUUGGAAGUAAUGUCUCUCUGAGCUAUGCUUCAUACAUCACUACACUAUUGACAAUAGACCUUGGAUCUUUUUUUGCCUGCGAAAUUUCACCAAAAUAUAGCUGAUGCAACUGCACCUUAAUUCUAUCUCACUUAUGAACUUUAAGUUUGGUGUUUUUUUAAAAAAGGGAUAAACCUCUUAAACCUCUUUAAAGACAUGUAAAUAUAUGAAUGUCUGUGUUUUCAGUUUUAAUGGUAAGACAUGCUCUAGAAAGAACCGUACACUGGUUCAUUCGCUAUUUCAAAAGGAACCUUUACUUUUAAGCGCUUGCAGAGAAAUCCACCGGUUUUUAUAGCUCUAUGAGUCCUCCAUGUAAAUGCUCUUUAAUGUCGGGCAGUGUUCUUUUAAAUGCGUUUUCAAUCAAAGCAGGUUUUUGGUGUGAUUUUUAUGGGUUUGAUAAGAAUAGUCAUGGGAUAUGAAUGAUGCAUCUGGACGUAGAUGAAUUUGUCGCGGAAAUUCCAUCGCUGAAAUGCAUCUGCAUCUUUAUACAAUUGAAAAUGGCAAUGAGCAACUCCACAUACACUACAGAACUCAAUUUAAGUGUGGCCAUUAUUUUCCUUGUGGACUAAAUAUGCUUUCCACUUUGAGUGUCAUUACAUUUCUAAUGAGAACAAGUCAUUUGCAUUUGAACAAAAGUUUCGGAGUGCCAAUCGGAUUAUAUGAUAUUGUAUGAGCUAGUAAGUGCAUGUUUGAUUGGUACCUGCGUAUAAACCCCUGCACAUAGUUCAACAUUUUUUAAUGAAAAGCUGAAAUUGAUUAUCACUUGAAAGCACUUAUCAGCCGCUGCACUACAAGGCAGUACAUUCAAGCCUGUUAUAGGCCAGACUUCUUCCAGGGCAAUGCGAAGAUAAAAGAAGGAAAUGAAAGAUACUGAAUUGUGAUUAUGUAUUGUUAUGUUUUCCUGCUUUUACCCUUCACGUUUAGCUGUUUUUGUAGUUUUUCUCAUAACAUGCUCUGUACCGCACACAUAUGUCCUGCCCUGCUCACCUUCCCUCAGUAUUUUACCACACAAUGGUUUCACUUAUGGCCUUUUCUGAAAGCCCCGUACGCUCUGAAUUGCCAUUUUGUACCCUUCAUGCAGUGUUGCUCUUUCCCCAUGUGAGGCAGAGCAUGAAGUAGGACUUCUGAAUGAAUGAUCAUGAAUGUAUUGGUACCUUGCUUCUUUCCAAGGUACACUUUUCCUCAAUGUACAAUAGAUGUCUGCUUAUGUUUUCUUGUAUACUAAAAUAUCCCUUUAUUUUGUCUGUAUGUUGUGGGGAUGUGUGUAUGUUCUGUAAGAAGUGUGAAAUGUAAGUAUGCGCGUAGCAAAUGGGUGUGUAUAUUGCUGAAUGCAUCAGAAUGGCUUUUGAGCUGUUGUGUAUCUGCGAGUGGGGGAUCUUUGGCCAUGAAGUUUAAAUAUUUAAUGAUGAAAAAUCAACAUCAUUGAACUAUGACUAUGUAUUGUUAUAAUGUGAUGCUAAAACAGAAGAAUAUGUAUUCUGUUACUAUGUAAUAAAAUAAAUUGCAUUUUUUCUUCUCUGCUCCCUAAAAAUAAAA